UUUUUUGCCAAAUUGCGAAGUGUAAAUGCCGCUUCCCAUUUUAUAGAUUUUAUUUAUAAAUUAAAUGAAUAAUUAUUAAUAUUUAAUUAACUGUACAGUCACAUAUCAAAAGAGGAUGGUACGACACAGAAAAGUUGGUAAUUCGCAACAUAAACAUGGAAAUAAUAAUGAUACAGGUAGCAGUAUGGGAAGCGGUGAAAACUCAAAUUGGUUUCGUUUAUCAUCUUUUUGGAAGACUGGUAUCGGAUUCUGUUGCCUUGCGUUCGCGAUUUAUGUUAGUGUUUUAGGUUAUCUAGAAACCCGCGUAAACACGCCUCUUGAUGAGGAAAAGGCAGUUUUAGAGACUGGUUUAUCAGUACCAGAACGCUACUGGGGUACAUAUAGACCAGGAGUAUACUUUGGUUUUAAAAGCAGAGAACCACGUUCACCUGUAUUUGGUUUAAUGUGGUAUGAAAUUGGUGACACACAUAAAGGGAUCAGACAUUGGUGUGAUCAGAAUGAUAAUUUGAUGUCAUACGGCUGGUUAAGACAUGACGGGUUGUCAUUCGGAGAGCAAUUGAUAAUGGAUAAACCCCUUAAUAUUGUGACAUCGUUUAUAAAGACCCCAGGUGGGGAGAAUGGGGGACAUUGGACUGCUAGGAUUAAUGUUACGUCAAAACAUAACACGAAGACAGUCCUUGGUUUGGUGUGGUAUGGAGCCUUAGAUGAAUCUCUGGGGCCUGCAGCCCCACAUUCCCGUCUAUGGAUGGAAAAUGGAGCAAUGCUGGGACAUACUCCACAGUUACAUAAUUUUAGACUUAAUUUUUUACAUGAAGGUAAACUCUACCACACAUCAUAUUCAGAAGCAAUAGCACCAGGGCUACAUGUCUUGAAGGAGAAAUUUUAUUCAUUACUCAAACCAAGUAAAGAAAGGUAUGGAUCAAUUGGACAGCUACCAAUAUUGCAACGGGACCCAAAAUUAAAUGAUCAGGACGUUUACGCGAAUUUUGUUCCUGUUCAAAUGAUAGUUGAGACACCAUUUUACUUGGACGUUGUUUACACUACAGAAGAUCUGCCUACCCCACCAAUGAAAGGGGUUGAAUAUACAAAUGAAAUGGAAAUGAACAGGAUGAGAUUUGACUUCGAGUUUGAUAAAAAAUUCAAACUGGAGGAAAAGUAUGCAGAACUGGACGUGAUCAUAGCUAGAGCGGCGUUUUCCAACAUGAUUGGUGGAAUCGGGUAUUUCUAUGGGGCGGGCAGAGUUAAAUCUCCGCAUACGAGUGAGCCGGUGCCCUACUGGAGGGCGCCGUUGUAUACCGCGGUACCAAGCAGGUCGUUCUUCCCCCGCGGCUUUCUGUGGGACGAGGGCUUUCAUGGUCUCCUAAUAGGUCGCUGGUCUCCUGAGAUACAGAUGGACAUCGCGGCACAUUGGUUGGACCUCAUUAAUGUUGAAGGAUGGAUACCGCGCGAACAGAUACUGGGUGUGGAAGCGAUUGCCCGUGUGCCCAAAGAGUUUAUAGUACAAAGCAACGCGGCCGCCAAUCCGCCAAUGCUGCUUGUGCAGCUGGCGCAGCUGGUGCGCAAUAACCCGCAGCUGUUCGAACCCGGACAGAAGCUGCGCGGGACUCUAGAUCGAAUGUUCCCUAGACUACAGGCAUGGUACCAAUGGUUUCAAACUACACAGAAAGGAGAGGAACCCACCGCAUACAGGUGGAGGGGCAGAGAAGAUGACGGACUCCAACUCAAUCCUAAAACUUUGACAUCCGGACUUGAUGAUUAUCCUCGGGCAUCACACCCAUCAGAUAUUGAAAGGCAUGUCGACCUUCGUUGUUGGAUGUACGCUGCAGCGGACGCAAUGGCGACUAUCGCUUCUCAUCUGCAUAGAGAUACCACGAAAUUCGAAGCUACAAGAGAUCAGCUGGGAGAUGAGGAACUUCUAAAUGAACUCCACUGGUCGUCGAGCACUCAGACAUACGCUGACUAUGGUCUUCAUACGGACGGCGUGAGGUUGGUCAGGCAACCAGCUAAAUCCCCAAAUGAGCAAUCAAGAGUGGUCCGAAGUGUGUCAGUACCACCACAGCCCAAGCUGGUCACUUCCGCAUUCGGUUAUGUGUCUCUUUUCCCAAUGUUACUGAUGGUGUUAAAACCUGAGAGUCCCAAGUUGGGGAAGAUCCUAGAAGACUUGGACAAGCCUGAACUACUUUGGUCUAAAUAUGGACUUAGGUCCCUGUCAAAGUCAUCGCCACUCUAUAUGAAGAGGAAUACAGAACACGACCCACCUUAUUGGCGAGGUCAAGUUUGGCUCAACAUCAACUAUUUAGCUCUACGCGCGUUGAAACACUAUUCACAAGCAGGAACUUACGCUAAACGCGCCGCAGAUCUGCACAAUCGCCUCAGAGACAAUGUCGUCCGUAACGUGUUAGCAGAAUACAAACGGAAUGGCUACCUAUGGGAGCAAUACUCCGGGGAAGACGGCAAAGGUUCAGGAUGUAAGCCGUUCACAGGAUGGACUGCACUGGUCGUGCUUAUCAUGGCUGGCGAGUAUUGAGUUACACAUACUGCCUUGUUAUGAUAUCCUGGUACUUCAGUUGUCAAUUCCUCGAAACGAAGUUAAAAAAAUCUGAAGUUUUAAAAAAUAUGUCACUUAAAUAUAGUCAGUUUAUAAUCUGACUAGGCAUAUUAUGAAAUGGGCUGGUUUAAAAAUCAGUCAAACUGAACGUCAUUGAAAGCAGGUAUCAUGGGUAGUUUGUAGUUGUGACGUCACGGUACACGCGUCUACGCGCUAAGAAACAAUUAUUUAAGGCUGUGCAAUAUUAUCACAUUUCUGUUUUCCUAGUAGAUUAGUUAUUUAAACUGAAAUAAUUCAUAUCUAUGUGAGGCAGAGCUAUAAAAAAUUCUAUGAGUUGCCUAUUUUUAGUUGACGGAGGAGGGAACACACUGAAAUAGG